GGGGCUGGGCUGGCAGGUGCUCAGAGCCGGGCGGGCGGCGAUACGAAGAAACUGCUCGAGCGACUUGAGCUGAAAGAUGCGUGGCGUGUGGACUGCGGGCGUCUUGGCGGCGUGCAGCGUGACAGCGGGGCUGCUGCUCCUGCAGGGCUGGCGACCCGGAUCUCCUGAGCGCCACUGUUGCUGGGCCGUGGUGGCCGGGCCAUUCCUGGCACUGGCAUUGGUGGCAGCGCGAUGGUUUCACGCGUUCCUCUGUGCUCCGUUGGAAGUGCUCCGCAGUCCCGACGACGUUGGCUACAUCGUCGAAGCUGGCAGGACGCGUGCCCAGGCCGCCAAUGAGGCGAGGCGAAGACGGAAGACCGGAGAUCUGCCGCCUGUCUACCCGAACGGAUGGUACCGGGUCACCGAUUCGCACCUGCUGGCCAAGGGAGAAGUGAAGAGCGUCACCUUACUGGGUGAGCAGCUGGCGGUUUUCCGAGAUGAAAAUGGACAGUCCCACGUCCUGGACGCCUACUGCCCCCACCUUGGUGCCAACCUGUCCAUUGGGGGCCGUGUGGUGGGAAACUGUCUCGAGUGCCCCUUUCAUGGUUGGAAGUUCCGGGGUGAAGAUGGCAAAUGUAUUCACAUCCCCUACACAGAGAAAGUGCCCGAGUUUGCGCGGGUCAAGUCGUGGCCGAGCUGUGAGCUGAAUGGCACGAUCUACAUGUGGUUCCACUGUGAUGGGAUGGACCCGCUGUGGAUGAUCCCCGAGUUGGAGGAGAUCACCCUGAAGGAGUGGACAUACCGCGGCCGCACAGAGCACUUUGUCAAUGCUCACAUCGAGGAGAUCCCAGAGAAUGCAGCAGAUGUCGCUCACCUCGGCCACCUGCACAGGCCAGUCAUCCUCAGUGGGACGGACCUGAGGUUCACCUUCAACAAGUUCUGGCAGAUUCUGCAACACCACUGGAAGGUGAGCUGGUCGCCCGAGCCCGAGCCAAACAGUCACUGCUCGUUGAUGCUGGUGGAGCACACGCUCACGCUGUUCGGGAAGCCCUUCACCCUGCUGGAUGUCGAUGUCAAAGCCAGACAGAUUGGGCCCGGCUUAGUGCACCUCUUCUUCGAUCACAAGCUCUUUGGCCGGGGGGUCAUCCUGCACUGUGUGACCCCCGUGGAGCCGCUGCUGCAGUGUGUGUCGCACAGCAUCUUCUACCAGGCCAACAUACCCAAUGUGGUGCCCAAGUUCAUCCUGCAAGCGGAGCGCAUCCAGUUCGAGAGGGACGUGAUGGUCUGGAAUAACAAGAAAUACAUCUCGAAGCCCCUCCUGGUGAAAGAAGACUCGUCCAUUCAGAGACACCGGCGCUGGUACAGCCAGUUCUACAGCGAGAAGAGCCCCAAGCUGACCUUCCAGCGGGACAGCCUUGACUGGUGAUUCUGGGGACAGACGGUUGUCUUUGGUGGACUUGGCCU